AUCAAGAGCUGCAACCAUGAUAAAUAUGAUGCGCUGGUGAAGAUUAAGACUGAACAUGAGGAUCUGACGCCCACCAGAAGCUCCAGUAAUCAGCAAACGUCCUCUGGUACUGUCAGCAUUAACACCUCUCUCAGUCCCACACAGGAAGAAGGAAACGUCUGCUCACAGUGUGGGAAGAGCUUUAAGUACCAGUGUCAUCUCAAAAGACACCAGCGCAUUCACACUGGAGAGAAACCGUAUGAGUGCUCACAGUGUGGGAAGAGUUUUAAUCAACAGAGUGGUCUCAAAACCCACCAGCGCAUUCACACAGGGGAGAAACCGUAUCAGUGCUCACAAUGUGGGAAGAGUUUUGAUCGAUUAAGUAAUCUCAAAACCCACCAGCGCAUUCACACUGGAGAGAAACCAUAUCAGUGCUCACAGUGUGGGAAAAGUUUUAAUGUACAGUGUCAUCUUAAACGACACCAGCGCAUUCACACUGGAGAGAAACCGUAUCAGUGUUCACAGUGUGGGAAGAGUUUUAAUACAAAAAGUAUUCUUAGCAAACACCAGCGCAUUCACACUGAAGAAAAACCAUAUCAGUGCUCACAGUGUGGUAAGAGAUUUAAUGCACAGGGUCAUCUCAAAGAACAUCAGCGCAUUCACACUGGAGAUAAACCGUAUAAGUGCUCACAGUGUGGAAAGAGUUUUAAUCAACAGAGUGCUCUCAAAAUACACCAGCGCAUUCACACUGGAGCAAAACCAUAUCUGUGCUCAGAGUGUGGGAAGAGUUUUAAUCAACAGAGUGCUCUCAAAAAACACCAGCGCAUUCACACUGGAGUGAAACCGUAUCCGUGCUCACAGUGUGGGAAGAGUUUUAAUCAACAGAGUGCUCUUAAAAUACACCAGCGCAUUCACACUGGAGAGAAACCAUAUCUGUGCUCACAGUGUGGGAAGAGUUUUAAUCAACAGUGUGCUCUCAAAACCCACCAGCGCAUUCACACUGGAGAGAAACCAUAUCAGUGCUCACAGUGUGGAAAGAGUUUUAAUGAACAGGGUAAUCUCAACAAACACCAGCGCAUUCACACUGGAGAGAAACCGUAUCAGUGCUCACAGUGUGGAAAGAGUUUUAAUGAACAAAGUAAUCUCAACAAACACCAGCGCGUUCACAUUUUACAGAAAUGAUGCUCACAGUGUGGGAACUGCUUUGCUCAUUUAUCAACAUUUAGACACAAGUGUGACACAUCAGAUUGUACCAAACAAGCUAAAAUAAAAAAUAUAUAUAAAUCCUCCCUAAGUGAGUGAGUGUUGGGGAGAAAAGGUUAGCAAUUAAUUCAUUAUACUGUGUAAUUAACAGCUAAUAAUCCAUUACAGGGCACCACUGUCAGUUUUAAAGGGAAAUUACCAGGAAAUCCAGAUUUAUAACAGAUCAGUCACUUCCUGUUAGAGUAAAGUUUGUUAGGUCGAUUAUUUCUCUCACUCAGGGAAUCAAACUCACAGCACUAAAUUCUAAAUCAUUAAAAUAUCAUAACACAUACAAUAACAUUUAAUAAGUACAUAGUCAUAAUAAAAGUAUCUGUAGGUAAAACUAUUACUGAAACAGGUCUGCACACACAAAGGUCAUCACACGCUGUGCAAUGACCUUGGUUGGAUAGGUUGAAUUUUCUACACACAGCCGAAUAGGAACUUUACCUUGACAGAAUUACUGUGUUGCCUCAUUUCAACUCACUUAGAGAGGUGUGGCGUGCAGGAGAUGAACUUUCCUUAAGAUCACGUGACGAAAUAGGUGCUGCCCAUCAUGCAGGUUACCCACUUGUGGUCAGACUUUUGGUGUAGGAUGUUAUUUUUAUUUUCUUGAUUAUGGGUUAGUCUCCAGUUUUAGUGCAUAGACUUCACAUAGUCCUUUUCAACCAGAAAGUUGGUUCUUGAAAUGGUUCCAUUCGGGCUUCUUAGAACUCUGGUGAUACUUAGAGAAACAGACUGUGUUUACACCAGUUUUUCAUUGAACCGAUGAUGUGUCUUCAACGGAGGGCUCUGCACAAUGGCAGUAAACAGUAGUAACAAGAUGGCGGAGAACGUUUGUGCUGUUGUUUAAGACAGGCAAGCCUACUGACACGGUCAGGGUCAUUCUAACCUGCUUCAAUAAACUGUUUUUACAUGUUGACACAGAUGUUACUUGUAUAACUUAUUGAGCAUGCAUCAACUUGUAUAACUUGUCUUCACAUACAGCAGUUGCUACAGUUCGGGCAAAUGGUCACCUGUUUAUUUGUAGUAGAUAUUGGAGUGUGUUUGCGUCAGUGGAAGCGUGGGUGUUUGGUCAACGCACAAACUUUUCUACUCAUGCAAAAAGACGCUUAGCGCACACACUCAAGUUUGAUAUAGAAAUUAGGGGUCCUAGAACUGCCCAGGAUUUUUCCUGAUCAGUUACUGCCAAGACUUCACGGGCCUCCCAGUCUAGAGGUGGCAGGAUGAUCAUUUAAAGAGCUGAUUGGUGAGGUUUUUUCCCUUUUGCUAUGUGUUGCAUGGAUUAAUAUUGUUAUGGUCACUUCUUUGUCAUUUAUGUAUUUUCCUUGCUGUUGCUUGUUUGAUAAUGAAAUAUAUUCUUUACACCAAUACACA